GGUUAUUGGGGUUAGUUGUAACUCCUUAUUGUUUAUAUGGCUCCACUUUGUUAAUUGUAGCCAUAUUCUCAUCAUGGGAUGCAGAUGUCACGUGACCAGAAUGCUCCGUACGGUGAAGGAAAGAUAGCAGUGAAGUCUCUCAGCAAGUUACCGUACUGCAAGGGGUUCAUCACCCUUAAUAGUCACCGAAGUACAUCAAGGUUUGUGGUUGCAUUAAUAGGUCAAAUGACGUCUUGACAAAAAGGUCAUAUGUCAAUCGUGUAGCUGUCUACUGAGCUUGCCCAUAACAUCGCCAACGCGAUGCUAGCCAGAGUGCCAGGAAGUCGCAUCGGCUUUUAUUUUCUAAGUAGCCGUAGCGAAACUUUGGAUUGAUGGACGCUGGAAUGACUAAGGAAAUACACAUUUUAUGAUGACACUUGGUUGCACUUAUUUUCCUUUUGAGGCGACUUGUUUUCUAGCUAGUUGACAUUCCACGCUUGGUUGAUUAUUGUUUACUAACCAGGUAACGGUAGCUAUCUAGAUAACUAACGUAAGCGCGAGAUAUUUACCUAGCCUGCUGGAUUGAAAAAAAAAAAAAUGUAGCUCCUACGUUGCACAACGCUGUCGAUUGGAUACAUUCAUACGUUUUUUUGAGAAACAUUGACAUUUUGAUUUAGCAAAAAAACUUCCUUGACUGAGGGAUGCUAAUGAUACUGUAAUUAUCGCUCAAACUAUUCUGUUACAUUGUGACUGGAGUAGAACGCUAGCCAGUGACGUCAUUUGGCAGGAUCCCAGAGUAUCAUGCACAAAAUUAGCUAUUCAUAAUUUCACCAAAUUGUAAAUCAUUUACUGACGUAGGCAUCAAGGUCGUAUCCGGUUGAAUUUUCCUGACAAGGAUGUAGCCAUAUCUACACAAAUUUUAACGCAACAUGUACAAUGUGCCGUUUUGUCACAAUGCCACAUGUCUCAAGUUUUGCGGUAGCGUGCAAUUGGCAUGCUAACUGCAGGAUUGUCUACCAGAGAAUUGAAUGUUAAUGUGUCUUCCAUAAGCUGCCUCGUUUUCGAGAAUUUGGCAGUUCGUCCAACCGGCUUUACAACCACGAGUAACCACGCCAGCCCAGGAUUUACACAAAUCGGGCUGCUUAACCCGCGGGAUCGUCUGAGACCAGCCACCUGGACAGCUGAUGAAACUGGGUUUGCACAACGGAAGAAUUUAUGCUCAACUCUCAGGGAAGCUUAUCUGCAUGUUCCUCGGCCUAACCAGGGUCUUGACCUGACUGCAGUUAGGCUUUGUAAACGACUUCAGUGGACAAAUGCUCACCUUCUAUGUGUGCUCUUCAAGGAUGAAUCCCGGUUUCAAUUUCACCAGGCAGAUGGUGUCGUGUGGGCAAGCGGUUUGCUGAUGUCAACGUUGUGAGCAGGACCCAAUGGUGGUGUUAUGGUAUGGGUAGGCAUAAGCUACAGACAAUGAACGCAAUUUGAAUGCACAGAGAUACAAUGACGAGAGCCUAAGGCCCAUUGUCGUGCCAUUCAUCCACCACCAUCACCUCUUGUUUCAGCAGGUGACAUGGGGCCAUGCAUUGUCAAGGCCCUGUACUCAAUUCCUGGAAGCUGAAAAUGUCCCAGUUCGUACAUGGCCUGCAUACACACUAGACAUGUCACCCGUUGAGCACGUUUGGGAUGCACUGGAUCGACGUCUACGACAGUGCGUUCCAGUUUCCACCAAUAUCCAGCAAGCUCACACAGCCAUUAAAGAGGAGUGGGACAACAUGACACAAGCCAGAUCAUCUCUGUACAAAGGAAAUGUGUCACGCUGAAUGAGGCAAAUGGUGGUCACCAGAUACUGACUGGUUUUCUGAUCCACACCCCAACUUACAUUUUUAUUUUUAAGGUGUCUGUGACCAACCGAUGCGUAUCUGUAUGCCCAGUCAUGUGAAAUCCAUAGAUUAGGGCCUAAUUAGUUUAUUUAAAGACUGAAUUCCUCAUAUGAACUGUAACUCAGUCAAAUCUUUUAAAUUGUUGCAUGUUGCGUUUUAUAUUUUGGUUCAGUGUAUGACUAAAAAGAGAAGACGUUUUACAAUCAGAGUUCUUUAUCUCUAGUAUGUUAUAGUACAGUGGUUCCGAACCUUUUUUGCUUACUGUACCAUCUACUGAAUUUUGCUCUGCCCGCAGUACCCCCCCCCCCACCCGUGCAUUUUACCAGUAACCCUAUGGUCUUCUGUGCCCCCUGUGAAUAGGCCAACUACCACCAGGGGUCCUAGUACCCAUGGUUGGGAACCACUAUUCUAGUAUAUAUGUCUAACACUGGAGUUAAAUUCUUAGCUAACAAGGAUGUAACCCUGGCACUUGUUGCUACAGCUGGUAUUAUGGCACAAUCAAUACUUUCAAGCACUCACUGCUAAGUAUUUAUUUUUGUUGCUCUCAACUGUCGAUAGGUGAUGAAAGCCACUCAUAAAACAAGCGAAGCCCAGCCAUUUGCCAUGAGCAGUGAGCUGAAUGUGCCCAUGGGCUCCCCAGCCCUGGGGGGCUUUGAGCGGAUGCCGGAGGGUGGAGGGAUGGACUACAGGGACUGGGUGCGCCGCAGUUACCUGGAGCUGGUCACCUCCAACCACCACUCUGUGCAGGCCCUGUCUUGGAGGAAGCUCUACUUGAGCCGGGCCAAACUGAAAGCCUCCAGCCGCACCUCUGCCCUGCUCUCUGGCUUCGCUAUGGUGGCAAUGGUGGAGGUACAGUUGGAGAUCCAGUACAACUACCCGCGAAUGCUCCUCAUUGCCUUUAGCGUGUGUACUACGGUGCUGGUGGCCGUGCACCUGCUCGCCCUGCUCAUCAGCACCUGCAUCCUACCCAACGUGGAGGCAGUCAGCAAUAUCCACAACCUCAACUCAGUCAGCGAGUCACCCCAUGAGCGCAUGCACCACUACAUCGAGCUGGCCUGGGGCUUCUCCACUGCCCUGGGCAUCCUUCUUUUCCUGGCAGAGGUAGUGCUGCUCUGCUGGAUCAAGUUCCUGCCCGUGGACUCUAGUUCCGCCAACCAGGUGGCGGUGGCUGCCGCAGAGCUGGCACUAUCCAAGUUGAACUGUAGCGGCCCCGCCCUGCCACCCAAGCCCACCCCUCUGCCAGGGCACAGUGGCUGGCAGGCAGCCCUGGCCUCCACCAUCAUCAUGGUGCCGGUGGGGGUUAUCUUUGUGGUAUUCACCAUCCACUUCUACCGCUCGCUGGUGAGCCACAAGACAGAGCGCCACCACCAGGAGAUCGAGGAACUGCACAAAAUUAAGGUGCUGCUGGACGGGUGCGAGAGAGGCCUACAGGCAGUGUGAUCUCUAGCUCUUCUCUCUAUGCUCUUCCUGUCCACUGUCAAUGCCUUCUCACAUUGUUGAGAAGCACCAAAAUUCCACUGAAUAAAUUGGAGGAUUAAGGAUUUCCUUAUCCCCUAUUUAUCAAGCACCCUUUCCUAUUCAGCCUCUAGCCUGUUCAUUGUUAAUGUCUUCCUUAAAGUUUUUAGCAGAGAGCCCCAAAACUCCACUUAAUAUGUGGGAAGUUUAAGGAAUUCUCAGCUCUACUAAAUUAUGGAGGUCAAAGUUCAUAGUAUGUUUGUUUGAUUUGGAAAAUAGUAUCUUGUCUCUGUGAGAGAUGUAGGAUCUGAUGUAUUGAUUCUAUUUUAAAAUAUUAUUUUAAGGGCUAUUUUGUUAGUUGUUGAUUUGUGCCAUCUCCACAUUUCAUGAAGGAAGUGGUGUCUACCCUCACAUGUGCUUACCUUGUUCUCACAAGGCUGUUAUUGUUGUCAGGCUGUGAUCAACACUGAGACCAGAGUUGUAAGCAGAUACAGAAGCAGGUGGAAACAAUAGGUCAUUUAUUUUUGAAGGUGUUCAUGCUGCACCAAACAGUGUGUAAUGUACACUGAACAAAAAAUAUAAACACAACAUGCAACAAUUUCAGUUACAAUUCAUAAAAGGAAAUCAGUCAAUUGAAAUAAAUUAAUUAGGCCCAAAUCUAUGGAUUUCACAUGACUGGGAAUACGGAGAUGCAUCUGUUGGUCACAUAUAUGCAUAGAGUUGAUCGGGUUGUUGAUUGUUGCCUGUGUAAUGUUGUCUCACUCUUCAAUGGCUGUGUGAAGUUGCUGGAUAUUGGCGGGAACUGGAACACUUAUACGUCGAUCCAUAGCAUCCCGAACAUGCUCAAUGGGUGACACGUCUGAGUAUGUAGGCCAAGGAAGAGCUGGGACAUUUUCAGCUUCCAGGAAUUGUGCACAGGUCCUUGUGGCAUGGAGCCAUGCAUUAUCAUGCUGAAACAUAAAAAGUGAUGGCGGUGAAUGAAUGGCAAGACAAUGGGCCUCAGGAUCUCUGUGCAUUGAAAUUGCCAUCGAUAAAAUGCAGUUGUGUUUGACGUCAGUAGCUUAUAUCUGCCCAUACCAUAACCCCACCGCCACCAUGGGGCUCUGUUCACUACGUUGACAUAAGCAAAGCGCUUGCCCACAUGAUGCCAUACACUGUCUGCCAUAUGCCCGGUACAGUUGAAACCAGGAUUCAUCCGUGAAGAGCACACUUCUCCAGUGUACCAGUGGCCAAUGGAAGUGAGCAUUUGCUCACUAAAGUCGGUUACGACGCAGAACUGCAGUCAGGUUAAGACCCUGGUGAGGACGACGAACACGCAGAUGAUCUUCCCUGAGACGGUUUCUGACAGUUUGUGCAGAAAUUCUUCGGUUGUGCAGCUGUCCGGGUGGCUGGUCUCAGACGAUCCCGCAGGUGAAGAAGCCAGAUUUGGAGGUCCUGGGCUGGCGUGGUUACACGUGUUCUGCGUUUGUGAGUCUGGUUGAAUGUACUGCCAAAUUCUCUAAAACUACGUUGGAGGCGGCUUAUUGUAGGGAAAUGAACAUUACAUUUUCUGGCAACAGUUCUGGUGGUUCUUGCAGUCAGCAUGCCAAUUGCACGCUCCCUCAACUUGAGACAUCUGUGGAAUUGUGUUGUGUGACAAAACUGCACAUUUUAGAAUGGCCUUUUAUUGUCCCCAGCACAAGGUGCACCUGUGUAAUGACCGUGCUGUUUAAUAUGCUUCUUGACAUGCCACACCUGUCAGGUGGCUGGAUUAAUUUGGCAAAGGAGAAAUGCUUACCAACAGGGAUGUUAACAAAUUUGUGCACGAAAUUUGAGAUUUUUUUUUGUGUUGUAUGGAACAGUUCUGGGAUCUUUAAUUUCAGCUCAUGAGACAUGGGACCAACACUUAACAUGUUGCGUUUAUAUUUUUGUUCAGUCUAUUUGAAAGAAUAUUUGAAGAAUCUUAUUUGGGAUGGGGGGCUCUAUUCUCCAGCAUUUUGGAUUUGAGAUCAAAUGUUUCAUGAGUCUACAGAAUGUCACCUUUUAUUUGAGGGUAUUUUCAUAUCGUUUUUACUGUUUUAGAAAUGAAAGCACGGUAUCUAUUCCCCCCAUUUGAAAAAGUCAAGUAUUUGGACAAAUUCACUUAGUGUAUUAAAAACUUUUGUAUUUGGUCCCAUAUUCCUACACUCAAUGAUACCAUCACACUUGUGGCUACAAACUUGUUGGAUACAUUUGUAGUUUGUUUUAGUUGUGUUUUCGAUUAUGUUUUGCCCAAUAGGAACUAAAUAAUGUAUUUUCAUUUUGGAGUGACCUUUUUUAUUGUAAAUAACAGUAGGUGUUUCUGAACACUUUUACAUUAACGUGGAUGCUACUAUGAUACGGAUCAUAAUGAUGACCAUACAUGUUAGCAUGUUUUGUUGUAGCCUCUGAACGGUAUUUCACUUGUCAUUAUUCACGAUUCUUAAUCAUGGCAUUAUCAGGAUUAAUAUAGAUUUGUUCAAAAACAUCUUACUGUAUCUACUCAUUUAGGAACUGAAUGAUGACUUGAAUUUCUUUCUAUUGGGCAAAACAACCCACAACACACACAAAACGAAUCACAAACUUGAUGUAGUCAUUGUGUGCUAGGAUUAUAGGACCAAAUACUAAACUUCUGACUACUUUAAUACACUAAGUGAAUUUGUCUAAUAUACUUAGGACUUCUUCAAAUGCGGAGACUAGAUACAUCAAGUGCUUUCAUUUAUUUCUAAACAGUAAAAUAUGUAUCAAGAUUCACCUUUUAUUUAAGGGUCAUUCUGUGCUGUCGCCUCACAUUAAACAUUUGAUCUCAAAUCCAAAAUGCUGGAGUAUAGAGCCAAAUUUUAAAUGUUAGCUUCACUGUCCAAAUACAUACGGAGGGGCAUGUAUCGCCGUAGGUGACAGUAAUAGGAGCACACAUGCUGUGUGUGCAGACAUGCUUUGGGGAGAGUGGUCAUUUAAUCUGCAUUAUAAUUCGUAUUUUAAAGAAAGCCCACCCAGGCCUAUAAACUGUACGUCAGUUCUUAGGCUACUCUAUGGUGUCAAAGAUAGUGCAAUCAGCGUUAAGACUUGUAAUCUCAUGAGUUAAGUUAGUUUUAUUUCUUUUUUAUUUAACUGGGCAAGUCAGUUAAGAACAAAUUCUAAUUUACAAUGACGGGCUACCAAAAGGCAAAAGGCCUCCUGCGGGGAUGGGAUAAAAAAAAUAUAUAUAUAUAAAUAGGACAAAACACAUCAUGACGAGACAACACUACAUAAAGAGAGACCUAAGAUAACAACAUUGCAAGGCAGCAACAGAUGACAACACAGCAUUGUAGCAACACAACAU